UUCAGUCAAUGAAUAAACAAUACAUUGAUAGAACGACUCGUAUGAUACCGCGAUGGGUGUAACCACAACCGAUAACGACGAACAAGUAGCAAGUGACAUGACAGCUGCAAAACCAAAAGAACGACAGUUUCAGGUUGUCCCUGUUCCAGGGACUUUUACUCGUGGACGUUGGAAAUGUUGGGAUUAUAAGGAUAAAACAUCGGAAACUGGUGCAAUCAUUGAUUUUACAGACAAAUCAGAGAAACAUUCGCUACCAAUCAAUGUUGGGGAAAAUCCAACCGGAUGUCGGACUUUCAUUCCGCAUGGUCAAACAGAUACAAUGAAUCAUAUGACAACUGAGCCACAUUUGAUUCCAGCAACUGAUACGAGUAGCGCAGCAAUAUCGCAAGCGAUUGAUAUAUCGAAUGCGGGGAAAGAAUCCAGUACAAUCGUUGUUACAUCGAUUGCCCCUCCAUCCGCAACUCCAGUGCACGGUACUCCAUCUUCAGCUAGUACCUCCCCUGUGAUCAAUAAUGCAACUAUCAUUGAAACUAAGGGAAAAAUACCAGAUCACGAAGAUUCAAUAUCACUGCAAACUACAGCUUCGGCACCCGUCCUUAACGUUGGAGGAGUGGCACCAGCUCAUACACUUCAGUUCUACCGAGCACCAUCCGCUACCACCUCCCAUCUGCAACCACUAUCGGAACUUCCUGAUCCGAAUCUCGUGGUUCAAUCAUCAUUUGUUCCCGAACCGGUUGCAACAAAUAUACCGCUUACUGUGGCUGAAACCGAUGAUCUGGCAGCAACAAGUACAUCAACAACCGGUCAAAAUGUAGUUCCUAUUGAUAAUAAAAUUGAACAAGCCAUGGACUUGGUCAAGACCCAUCUAACAUUUGCUGUCCGCGAGGAAGUGGAAAUCCUGCGCUCCACAAUUGUUGAAUUGGAAGCAAAGGUUGCACAGCUGGAAAGCCAAAAUCAAGUGUUGAAGCAAUUUGCUCCAGUUGAAGUAGUCAAUUCAUUGGCAGUACUUGUACAGCAACAGCAGCAAAGGCAGUUACAGUUACAACAGCAACAACUAUCCUCCGGUGCCACCUCACCGAAUCCUGCACAGCCUGUUACUGUCCAAAAUGUGCCAAUAUCAGUUCAAGGCAUCCAGAAGCAAUCGAUGUCUGCGAUGACAUCUGAAAUUUCUGUUGGUCCAGCUUCUUUACAAGGCGUUGUUCCUCCUGUUGGUUUGCUAUCUCAAAUACAACCUAGCGUGGAGCAAAAGCAGGCAAAACAACUUCCCGCUACUGGUAACAUCGUUGGUUCCGACUUGCAGUAACAGUAUUGUUGGUUUGAAUUACUUGUGCUAUGCUUUCUUUUUCUUCAUUUUGUAUCGAUAUACCAAAAUUUGUGUAGCAGUUGUAAGCGGUAACUUCUAUGUUUCCAAAGAGAGAGGAGAGAAAAUGAA